ACGUCACUCUCGGUUGAUGCUAUUCUUUGUAAACACGAACAGGAACAACAACAACAAACCGCAGGGGUUCUAUUUUUUCUACAACAACUACAAACUUUCAUAGUUUUCAAUGAUGUUUACGGUUGUAACUAUAAUAACGAAUUAAUCAAUCGAAUUUCGUAGCGAACAACAAUAAGCCUGAGUUUAACAAUGGGUCAGGCAUUUCGUCGAGCAUCUGGCAGAAUCCGUGCCGCAUCCGAAACUGACACGUCAUCCUUGUCCAAGCCCAAGAUCGCCGUCGACCACCGACCACCGCCGCCGAAGGUUGCCACUGACAAGGCAGCAGAUAGCUCAAAGACCGUAAAAGGAGUAGAAGACUCAUUGAACGAUGAUGAUCGUCCUAGUGCUAAUUUGGACAACGUCCUAGAAGAAAAAGAUCCCAAAUUUGAUGCUAUGCUUGGUCAAAUGCUUGGUAGGAUUACAUCAAAGCCUGGGGGAAAACGAGAAAUGGGUGAGGCAUCUGUGGUUGAGAAGUAUAAUAGGCCCAUGCCGAAGUUGCGAAAUACAAAACCAAAUUCUGGUCAUUAUGAGGAAAGGCCGGUUCCUGCAGGCACUUUAAAUGUAGCACAGUUGCGCCAUAUCAUCCUCUUGCAUGAAGGCAAGGCUGAUGACCACAAUGGGCCUAUGGAUGUUCAUCAGAUCGCAGAAAAAUUCCGGGUCGAUGUUGGUCAGAUUCAGAAAAUCUUGCAAUUUCUGUCUCAUCCUCCAGAAGGAAGAAGCGAAGAUAAAAACAAAACACUGAGAUAAAUGGCUUUACCACAGCAUUGCUAAUUGCUUCCUAUCUGACCAAAGGCUGUUCUAAAUAGAUUUGAAGUGAAUUGUGGAUUAAGUUUUGACUAUUGAAAAGUAUACUUGGUUGUUUUCAACAGAUAAGUGAAUGCCGAGUACUCUAGCCUCAGGUCUUUAUUGAACUGUAAUCACUGUAUUAAGAAGCACUAGUGCGGCCAAGGUCCUUGGUUUUUUUAUAAAGACUUGUAAUAUCAACAAUUAAGUUUGAUUGUUGUGAUGGAAAUUAACUUUUGAGAGGGAAUUGAUUGUAAUAAGGGUUGUAACCCAUUUGUUGAGAUUGUGUGUUCAUUUUUCUGUGUUUCACAACAAUAUGCUUUAAUGAAAGCCUCUUAUCUUUUAUAAA